AUGGGACUCGAAUUGGGUUCCCGUAUGAAAUUGAUCGAAGAUAAUCCUCGUUUGCUCUACACUUCCGCGUUAGAAAAUGAAGAAACUCCUUUACAUAUUGCUUCUAUGGUUGGUCACUUUAAUCUUGUGAUAGGGAUCAUGAAAUUGAGGAAAGAAUUUUCCCAAGAACUCAACGAAGACGGUUUGAGUCCAUUGCAUAUUGCCUCAACUAAAGGGCAUGUUGAGAUUGUGAAGGAGCUUUUGAAAGAAGAUCACAAACUCUGCCUAGUUAAAGGAAGAGAAAGAAGAAUUCCCCUUCACUAUACAACAAUCAAAGGCAGGGUUGAUGUGAUAAGAGAACUGAUUUUAGCUAGUGCAGAUUCUGUAGUAGACGUGGCAGCCCGAGGAGAGAAAGUUCUUCACUUGGCUGUGAAGAACAACCAAUUUGAAGCCUUCAAAGACUUGGUGGAACAUCUUAAGAAAUUCAACAAAGAGAAUGUCUUAAAUAGGAAGGAUGACCAAGGGAACACUUUCUUGCACCUUGCAGUUUCAAAAAAAUAUGAUAUUGAAAAUUGUGAGCAAGUGAUUGACUUGGUGCUGAAGAAAAAUGCUAUCUCUAAUGGGGCAUUGGAGAUCAAUUCCUUGAACAAGAAAGGUCUCACAGCUCUUGAUGUUUUUCCGUUUUUCCAAAGCGAAGCAGUCAUUAGAGAAAUCAAGGAGAUUCUUAGGCAAGUUGGAGUUAUGAUAGCAGAAGAGUUGCACUCUUUAACACAACCCGGAAUGAAUCAAAAUCAAGCUAUUGUUGCUAUUAACCUUUCAAAUAGAGAUUCACUAAGUGAAGCACGACACACCAUGCUUGUGAUAGUUGUACUUAUCGCAACAACAACUUAUCAAACCGUACGUAGUCCUCCAGGCAGUGUGUGGGCCGAUGAUUCUAUGUCCAGCAAUAACAAUAGCAACAACAAUGUUUCUAAACCACGUAAAGCAGGACAAGCAAUCAUGGGUUCUAAAAAUUGCGUAACUUAUGGUUUGUUAAUUCUAUUCAACUCAAUUGGGGUUUUUACCUCUCUUCAAAUGAUCUAUUGCCUCACAAGAGGAUUCCCUUUGCAAUUGGAAUUGCAAAUUGGAAUGUUUGCACUCAUAGUAAAAUCUGAUACUUGUAUGGCUGCCAUUACAUCGAAUGACAAGUUGUGGAUUUUCUUACUAUUAUUUCCUCCCUCUUACGAUGCUGAUACCGAUUGCAACUAG